AUGAACGAAACUCCUCUCCUUACAGAUGUGUCAGAGCGAGCAGCAUACUUCCUGAACCCCCUGUCCAGUGAUAUCACUCUCAUAUGCGACGGACAGUACUUCCCUGCGCAUCGUCCGAUCAUCUGUCCCCAGUCGCGGUACUUCGCUCGGACCAUUGAUCAAUCAAGACCGUAUCUUGAGAUGAACAGGACGAGACCCAUCCUCCUCCAACACACCCCGCCCUACCUGUUGAUCAGAGUCCUCGAGUUCCUGUAUAAGGGCGACUACACCGUCAGUAGUGCCACGAUCUUGAACGCAAUCGACAGCGGCCUGCUUCGGGAGAACACCGUCGUGACACGUACCCCUAACACCAACAUUGCCAACGCAGUUGACCGCGACAGGCUAGCAAUCCGCUACGCCGCGUGCUUUCACGCCAGAGUAUACGCGCAAGCCGAAUACUUUUCGCUACGUCAGGACGAGGACGGGUUCGCGGCGGCGAUGGCUGAGAUCUAUGACCGCCGCGCCUGGAACUACGUGCGUCUGCACCAGCGCGUCGUGUCUGAGAUCUUGCACAGUCAGACCAUCUACCGCGCGGGGCCUGGGUUUCGAGGCCGGGUCUUGACGCCGCAGUUGCUGGAGCAAGUGCCGUGUCUGGGGCGCGAUUUGGCGUUUGUUGCGAUGGAUGAGGUGGAUCGGCUGCGGCGUCGAUUGGCUUCAGCGGAGCAGGCACUGAGUUCAGUGGUUAAUCAUGCGGAAACUCAUGCGCCGGGGCAGGAGGCUGGCUCUUUGGAUAUGUGA